CUUUCCAUAAAAUCGGCUAUUAUCCAGACAAACCUUUUUAUAUUUCAAUAAGUGAAGAACUCUGUCUGCGUUGUUCUUUUUGCUAGUGUUAUUAUGUGAUAUUUCCCCACUCUGAUAGUGCGGUAAGUGCGGCUUCUCUCAUAUAGGGAAAUCAAAUGUACUGAGCUUGGCGGGCCUGAUUUAGAAAGUGUUGACAUUUACAAUGGUUGGCAAUUUUUAAUAAACAAUGGCGUUUACAGAUUAGUAUGUGUCCGAAGCACUGUUUAUUUUUAUUAUAGUUUUACAUAAGUCCUCACUCAUUUAAACUAUGAUUGAGGUUUACAUUGACAAUAAAACCAGUAAAUUCGCCAUUGUAACAUAUCAAAUGAACUAGUUUUAAGACUUCAGAGAUAAUGUAAAAAAUGGCAUCAAAUUCUUACAGGGUGGAAUGGGUGGAAAUAAUAGAACCCAAAACUCAGGAGCAUAUGUAUGCCAACUUGGCUACAGGAGAAUGUGUUUGGGAUCCGCCAGAAGGUGUUCCUGUGAAAAGAACAGAUUCAAACCAAUGGUGGGAAUUGUUUGAUCAGAAGACAGCGCGGUUUUAUUAUUAUAAUGCCACUUCGCAAAGGACAGUUUGGCAUAAGCCCACCAACUGUGACAUUAUUCCCUUAGCCAAAUUGCAAACUUUAAAGCACAACACGGACUGUAGCCCUGCAGUGACAAGCAAUCAGUCUACUCAAACAGGUCACCCCACUGAGAGAGGCCAGGCAUUAAGCUUGUCUGCUAGUACUCCUCAGUUACGCAGGAAACCAAGUGAUUUAUGUAGAAGUAGUAGUUUUAGCCAAAGAGGGGCUGAAGCCCCGUUAUACUCCAAUUGGCAUGAUUCUCAUUUGCUACCCUUAGAACACUUUUUGCUUAACAACAGCAGAGAGUCUGAUAGUGAUCAUUCAGACAGUGGCAGCGAAUCUCUGACUGGUCAUGAACCUGACAAUGAAGACUCCGAUCAAUCAGAGGGCAGCUACUUACCUCAUAGGCUUUCACAUAGACAAGUGGAGUACCUCAACUUGCCAACAGGAGUAUCAACAGAACCAAGAGAACGAGAUCGGGAAUGUCCGCCCACUCCUCUCUUAAAACCUCUUGCCGAGCCUCCAUUGCAGCCAGAAAGGGAGGCGGAUAUGGAGAAAUUUGCAGCUGAUAAUUUAAAUCUGGGAGGCCGCGGUUUGUUCAGAAGGAAAGCUAGCGUUCGUGAUCUUCUCAGUUGGACACAGAGAAGUUUGCAACGACCUUUAUUGGCAUCUAGUAAGCCGGUCUAUAAACAGGCUCUCGAAAUGUUUAGGCAGGUCCAGAUGUACAUGGGCGACCGAAAGGCUCGUCCAGGUUUUUCCUUGAAUUCGCUUCUAAUGGAAAUAUUGGGCACAGCCCAUGUACAGUCUCUUCUGCGCGAUGAGUUGUUUGUACAAUUAUGCAAGCAAACCACCGAGAAUCCUAGAAGAGAAUCGUUGUUGCGUGGAUGGGAAUUGCUUACUAUUGCUCUCGCUUUCAUCCCGCCUAGUCCAGUGUUCCAGCCUGCUUUAUUAGGGUACCUGAAUAGACAUAGAGAUCCUACCUUUUCGAGGGUCUUUCCCGAUGUUAAUCGGUGGCCGAUACAUGUUCAAGUUAAUCAUUAUGCUACUGUAGCAUGUCAGAGAUUGGAGAGAAUAGGAGCAGGAGGCAAACGCACAGCUAAAAGACCACAGACGGACGAUAUUGAAUCAGCUAGAAAACAAAUAUUCCAAGCUAGUCUUUUCGGAAACACUUUGAGGGAGGUCAUGCAGCUCCAAUCAAGCCGAUGGCCCAAUAGAAGGCUUCCUUGGCCCCAAGUGGAACUGUCGAUGCAAGUUUUGAAGCUACAGGGACUUCAGACUGAAGGUAUAUUCCGAGUUUCGGCUGACGUGGACGAAGUCAACAGACUCAAGGCACAAAUGGACAAGUGGGAGCUUAGUGAACCUAGUGAUGCCCAUGUUCCUGCUAAUCUUCUAAAACUGUGGCUAAGAGAACUUUACGAACCUCUCAUACCAGAUUCUCUCUAUCCUGAAUGCGUUGCCGAACCCAUGACAUCUCGACGGGCUUGUGAUUUAGUUCUUCGUUUACCCACUUUGCAUAGAUUAGUAUUGUGUUAUUUGAUCCGGUUCUUGCAGACCUUCAACAAACCCGACGUUAUCCAGCAUACCAAAAUGGAUGCCUCGAAUUUAGCUAUGGUUUUUGCCCCCAACUGCUUGCGAUGCAUGGCUAGUGAUCCUCGUACCAUGUUCGAUAAUGCUCGUAAAGAGAUGGCUUUUUUACGCUGUCUUAUACAGGAUCUAGAUACGGAUUGUGUUCGCGACAUGAUCUGACCUCAAAUUUUAUUUGUGGAUUUAUACCAUUAUGAUUAUUGUAUUAUUUUUUAUUAUAAAUAAUAGAUAUGCGUCACGUGUUUUUA